AUGGCACCUAUUGCUCUGGACCCGACACCAAUCCCAACCCACGAAUUGGGACAGAAGACAAUACAUGGCAACAUGGUCCCGCCAGAGUCAUUGCCCAAAACUCCCAAGAAGAUUGCCAGUUAUCGAGGGUAUGACCAUGUUGCGUGGUGGGUAGGAAAUGCCAAGCAGGCGGCGGCAUUUUAUGUCUCUCAAAUGGGCUUUCAGAGGAUCGCAUACCGUGGGCUAGAAACUGGUUCGAGGGUGGUUGCUUCUCACGUCGUUCGUAACGGAGGCGUCAUCUUCGUGCUUAGUUCACCACUGCAUGGGCCUGAUCCAAAGGUCCCGUGGCUCUCAGACAAAGACCGAGCUCUGUUAAAAGAGAUGCACGAUCAUCUCAGCACCCAUGGAGAUGCAGUCCGGGAUGUUGCAUUUGAGGUUGACGAUGUUACUGCGGUAUACAACGCGGCUGUUGCAAAAGGCGCACAUCCUGUUGAAGCACCCAAAAGCACAUGCGAUGACUUUGGAACAGCCAAGAUGGCCUCGAUCAGAACGUACGGCGACACUAUUCAUACUCUCAUUGAGCGCCAAAAGUACUCUGGGGCCUUUUUGCCGGGAUAUCGAACGGUGACAGAUCUGGAGAGGACUGCUACUUACCUUCCCUCGGUCGACUUGGCCGUCAUCGACCAUUGCGUGGGGAACCAGGACUGGGAUGAAAUGGAGGCCGCUUGCGAGUAUUAUGAAAGAACGCUCGGCUUUCAUAGAUUCUGGUCUGUCGAUGACAAGGACAUCUGUACCGACUAUUCUGCGUUGAAAUCGACAGUGAUGGCCAGUCCCGACGAGAAGAUCAAAAUGCCAAUCAACGAGCCGGCAAAAGGCCUUCGAAAAUCGCAAAUAGAAGAGUAUGUCGACUUUUAUAAUGGGGCUGGCGUUCAACAUAUUGCACUGAGGACCGAGGACAUUAUCACAACGGUAACCAACCUAAAAGAGAGGGGAAUCGAGUUCAUCAGUGUUCCGGACACUUACUAUGAAAGCAUGGCGAAAAGGCUCGAAAGCGCGGGCAUGAAGCUGAACGAAGACUUUGCUGCUUUGAAGAAGCUCGGCAUUCUUAUCGACUUCGACGAGGGUGGCUACCUGCUCCAGCUCUUUACCAAGCACCUAAUGGACAGGCCCACGGUGUUCAUCGAAAUCAUUCAGAGAAAUAACUUCGCUGGAUUCGGGGCUGGUAAUUUCAAAGCCCUGUUUGAGGCGAUCGAGAGGGAGCAGAUGGCGCGUGGCAAUCUGUAG